CUCAAGUAACAAAAUUCGUAUUUGAUCAACAUCUUGAAUAGACUAAGUUCGAUGCUUCAGAAUCAGUGAAGGUAGUGGUGAGAUGUAGACCACUAAAUGAAAAAGAGGCUUCGGAUGGUCACAAAAAGUGUGUGUUUGUCGAUUGUUCGAAUGGGACUAUCGAAGUUCGUAAUCCAAUUGCCAAACUGAAUGAUGAUUCAAAAAGAUUCAGUUUUGACGCUGUUUACGAUGAAAGGUAAGAGGUCUUCAAUAUCUCUUUAUCUUAGAAAGUUCGAAACAAAGAGAUUUAUACGAUGAAACUUUUCGGGACCUAAUUAACAGUGUUCUAGAUGGCUUCAACGGAACCAUAUUUGCUUACGGACAAACCGGAACGGGAAAAACCUUCACUAUUCAAGGCCUUCAGGAUGACCCGGAAUUACGAGGUGUAAUGCCAAACUCAUUCGUUCAUAUAUUUGACCAUAUAUCGAAGUCUAUGGAUGCUCAAUAUCUUGUACGAGCGAGUUACUUAGAAAUUUACAGAGAAGAGAUUCGCGAUCUGCUUCGCAGAGACCAAUCAAAGCACUUAGAAAUCAGAGAAAAACCAGACAGUGGAAUAUUUGUAAAGGACUUGUCCUCUGUUCUUACCAAAAGUAUAGAUGAAAUUCAGAAGGUUAUGAAGAUUGGAUAUCAAAAUCGUGCAGUUGGAGCCACUAAUAUGAAUGAACACAGUUCGCGAUCCCAUGCUAUUUUUAUUGUAACUGUUGAGAGUUGCAAGACUGGGGCAGAUGGAGAAAAACAUAUACGAGUUGGCAAGUUAAACCUCGUCGAUUUGGCAGGUAGUGAACGCCAGUCCAAAACACUAUCAGAGGGAGAACGCUUGAAAGAAGCCACUAAAAUCAAUUUAAGUCUUUCCACCUUGGGAAACGUGAUAUCUGCACUGGUGGAUGGCAAAAGUACACACAUACCCUAUCGGGACUCAAAACUCACUCGUUUACUCCAAGAUUCUUUGGGGGGUAAUUCAAAAACUAUCAUGAUUGCAAAUAUUGGACCGGCGACCUACAACUAUGAAGAGACCAUAAAUACACUAAGAUACGCUAACCGUGCUAAAAAUAUUAGGAACAAACCAAAAAUAAAUGAAGAUCCAAAAGAUGCCUUGCUGAGAGAAUACCAAGAAGAAAUCAAUAGGCUUAAAUCACUACUGAGAAACUGUGUCGCUGCCAUUCCAAAACAAUCUCAAAAAAAGAACGGGAAGCAGAGAUCUCAACAAAAACAUAUAUUGUCGGAUGGCUCUGAAGCUAACAGCGAUAGAGAAGAUGAUGCAACAAGCAUAGAAAACUAUAUGAAGGAACAACAAGCAAAACUAUUGGCUGAAAAGAAUGAAGUCUUAAACGACAAUUCACUUGUUGCAGAAGAAAAAUCUCGUAUGUUGAAUGACCUUAAGAUAAAAGAAAUAAAACUUCAGGAAGAACAAACAAAAACGCAACAGUUAGAGUCCAAAUUAAGAGCUAUGGAGAGUAAAUUACUUCGAGGUGAUCAAUCAAUCGUUGAACACACUCGCAUGCAAGAAGUAACUUUAGCUCAACAACGGACACAAAUGGCUGAGCAAAAGCGUCGUGAGCGUGAAAUAGUAGCUCGUAUGGAAGAAGAAGAAGGGAGUAUGGCUAAUUUACAAGAAGGUUUCACAUCAUUAAAACAAGAAGUAGAAGUAAACACUAGAAAGUUAAAAAAAUUAUUUGAAAAAUUACAAGAAAUUAAACAGAAGACAUCUGAUAUACAAGAAGAACAUACUGUAGAACGUCAAGAACACGAAAAAAUUCAAGAUCAACUAACACGUGAAAUUAAAUUACAGUUGUUAAUUCUGGAAAACUUCAUACCAAUAGAAGAAAAAGAGAAAUUAGAAAAACGAAUUUAUUUUAAUGAAGAAACUGAAAGAUGGCAACUGAAACCACUUUUCCAGUCUAGUGAUGAUGGUACAAACCUAAAUAUUCCAUUCUGUUGUGCUCCGCUGAUAACUUUUAUGGGAUAUUACUCAGAAGUUUAGAAAAUUACAUGAAUUAUGGCACAACGAUAGACUACCGUGUGAAACCUUGAAAUCAAAAGACUCGAUUAUUUCGGAUUAUCGUACUAUGAAGGAAAAUAAAGUAAACAAUAUGAAUUUACAUACCUCUAAUUGUGAGUUAUCUGAGGAUUUGUUAGGCCGUCAAUUUAUAUUCAUUUAGAAAAUACGUACACAAAAUGAAGUAGAUAGGAAACUCUUAACGUUUCAAGAACCCACAGUAUAGCAAAAUGUCGUGCCAAACGCUUUCUACAGAUUAAUACGAAGAAUUGGGAGCCAUACUUUUACGGUAGGCAAGCUGUCUCAAAACAAAUAAGGUGUUAAGUGGUGGGAUGUAUGAUAAAGGUUACGUGACAAAGAGUAAUGAAUGCUGUCUUAGGCAUAAGCGAGUUAAAACAUUAUAAUAAUUUGUCUAUGGAAAUAAGAAUUCGUUUCAGCUAAGUAUCUGAGACCUUGGGAUGAUGAUCGAAUGUUAAAUAAACAUGAGUUACUGAUGAUUAUUUAAGUAGUAUAGUGUAUCACAUAAAAGGAAUGGGUACGAAUCGAAUGAAGAUAGAGGUGUAAAGGUGAUAUGAUCGAUAGAAGAUGAGUACAUUAUAGUUGUCUACGAAUUGUAUUAUUGUAAAAGAUAGGUGUGAAUGACUGAUCAUUAUUUAUGGGAGUUCUUUCUUCAAAUAGUUUCCGUUUCUCCUGCCGAGUUACGUGUAUCCAGUUCAUCUCUAAUUGCUAUUAGGAAUUCAAGUGGAUCCAGUCUGAUGCAGAUUCCUUAGCUUCGUUGGAAAAUAAUCUGAAUCAAUAAAAAUUAUAAUCAUCUUUCUGGGACCUUGAAGUACUUUCCAUUUAAGAACUUACAGACCCUAUCUAAGAAAUAUUUAUUUUACUUGGCCUUCCUAUGGCAAGCAGUAUGUAAAUUUUAAAUAAACAUAAAAUUAAAUGUUUUCUCACGUAUUUCUGAGGUGAUAAUAACACAGUGAAGUUGUACGGUAAAUGAUGGCUUCGUGCUUGAAAAUGAAACCAUAUUUACUGACAACAAUAUACUGUCUCAAUUAAACGAUUGGAACUAUUCAUUUUGAAUAUAAUAUUUGCGCAAGUAUUUGAUAGUAAUCUUACAGAUCUUUCUUUUCAUUGCAAAUCUCGUGUCAGUAAUGUAUCUUCUUGAUAAUUCACUGUGACUAGACAAUAUAACUAUUAUUUAGAAUGAAUGUAACCCAUACAAAUUAUUUAUUUACUACACUGUGUUUCGCUAUGUGCAGUCAUGCUAUUUACACUUUGAUUUUGUCAACGGUAUAAUGUUAA